GUAAUUUUAGACCUCGAAGCUGCAGAUGACGUUGAUGAACUAGGUCAAUGUGGAGCACUGGGUACACCACGGGUAGAUGCUGGCGGUUAGAGGCAGUGUAUAUUCACUUGAAUACACUGUAUCGCACACUGUCCGGGCCGGCCAAGACAGAGUUCCAGGCAUCAGCCUCGAUUGGGAGGCAUACUCCGCCAGACGACAUGUCGAAUCUUGGAACUGAAGCCCUCACCAAGCAUCAACGUCAGGCUCGCUAGCCCCAACACAGAAGUGAUUCGACAACCUCCCCGCAACGCUCGAUACCCCAUUUCCGUAAGCGACGCAACUCAUUUCCUUUGGUCAGCCACCGGCGCCAUUCCGACAUUCACAAUGGCCGGCAAAAAGGGCGAGAACAGCAGAAAAGUUGCGGGCAACGCUCGCAAGGCGGAUGCUGCGGCUCAAAAAGCCGCCGCUGAGAGCGCCCGUGUGGCAGCUGUCGAGGAUGAGCAGUGGUCAAAGGGAUCCAAAAACAACGCAAAGAAGGAGGCCGAGGCCGCCAAGAAGGCAGAAGCCGCCAGAAAGAAGGCCGAGAAGGAUGCCCUCGUCGCCGAGGAGGAGGCCAACACCCCCGGCAAGACCCCCAAGAAGUCCAAGGCACCCGUCAAGAAGUCGCGCGGUCUCGAUCUCGCGCAGCUCGACGACGACAAGCCCAGUGCCCUCAGCGCCUCCGGUAUCGACAACGCUCUGGAUGCGCUGUCGUUGACGGGCGGCCCGAGCGAAGACAAGGUCGACAGGCACCCCGAGCGACGAUACCCUGCGGCCUUUGCCAAGUACGAGGAGCGUCGCCUCCAGGAGAUGAAACAGGAUGGCAGCGGUGUCGGUCUGCGGAUGGACCAGCGCAAGCAGAGGAUCAGGAAGGAGUUUGAGAAGCAUCCCGACAACCCCUUCAACCAGGUGACGGCUUCCUACAACGCUACGCGGGAUGAUGUGGCCCAGAUCAAGGCCCAGGAGCAGGCCAAGAUCGAGCAACGCCUCGGGCGUUGAUUUUCGCGUCCGAGAUUCACACGACCUGUGAGGGAUAGCAUUGGUGAAAAUUUUACGACAGCGGAGGAACAUAUUCUUUUGAAAUAAAGGACUGCCGGCCAGUAUCCAGCUACUUGAAGAGAUUUUGUCACGACCCACGA